UGGCCUAUCUUAUAAUAUUCCAUAUUCUCUUUGUGCUCUUUGUGUGGACAUAUUGGAAGUCUAUUUUUACUCUCCCAGUGCAGCCAGGCAAAAAGUACCACAUGUCCUGUGCUGACAAAGAGCGCUACGAGAACGAGGAGAGGCCGGAGGUGCAGCGGCAAAUCCUCGCCGAGAUCGCACGGAAGCUGCCGGUGUACACGAGAACGGGGAGCGGAGGGGUGCGAUUCUGCGAUAGAUGCCAGCUCAUAAAACCUGAUCGUUGCCACCACUGCUCCGUUUGUGCUGUAUGCGUGCUAAAAAUGGAUCACCACUGCCCAUGGGUGAAUAACUGCAUUGGAUUUUCUAACUACAAAUUCUUUCUACUGUUCUUAGCCUAUUCUUUGCUGUAUUGCUUGUAUAUUGCUGCGACAGUCUUCAAGUAUUUCAUUAAAUAUUGGACA